AUGGAUACUAAAGUGAGUGAUUCUAAUUCUCCUUCUAAAUCAAUUUAGCCAAGCAUUUAAGAUUACAUUUCCAUAGGUUCUUUAGGAAGAGGUACUUAUGGAGAAGUUAUCUUGGAAUAAAAAAAACAGACAAUCAAUCAAUAAGUAGCUAUAAAAGUCAUUAAUAAAAAAUUCUUAACUAGAGAAUAAAAUAAUACCAAGUUAAUAUUGAAAGAGAAAUGCUUUUAUACCUUAAACAUCCAUGAAUUGUUUAAUUAUAUUCUACUUUUUAAAAAACCUGAAAAAAAUUAUAUUUUGUUAUGGAAUAUUUAGAAGGAGGAGAUUUCGCUGACUUUUUAAAACUACACAAAAGUAAAAAUAGAUGAUAUAGUAACCUUGUAAUUUUAUUUAGCUUAAAUCGAUUUUAUAUUAUAAUACAUUCAUUCAAAAGGAAUUGCACAUAGAGAUUUGAAACCUGAAAAUUUGAUGUUAUCAAAGAUUGGUCAUUUAAAAUUGAUCGACUUUGGUACUUAUGUGGUAGUUCAUGGGAACAAAGUGCCUACUGAAUUUUAUCAGAAAUACAAAUAAAUAAAAUCCUCUUUCUAGAUAUAAGAAGGAUCAUUCAUUAAUAGAGCCUCUUUCGUUGGAACAGCCGAAUAUGAUUCACCGGAAAUGUUAGAAGAAAAACCUUCCGAAUAUGCUGUAGAUUUAUGGGCUUUAGGCAUCAUAUUUUUUAAAAUGUUCACAGGUGCUACCCCAUUUAAUGAUGAUACUUAAUACUUAGUAUUUUAUAAUGUGAAAAAUGCUUAAUUAAGAAUACCAGAUAGUGUACCUAAAGUAGCUGCUGAUUUAAUCUAAAAAAUUCUAGUUAGAAAACCCUCAGAUAGAUUAGGUAGCUAAUCUAUGAAUGAUCUUAAAUCACAUCCUUUUUUUAAAGGAAUUUAAUGGGACAAGUUAUUCCAAAUGUAAACUCCAUAACCAAAAGUUGUGUCCUUAAAGUCUGUUGAAAAAUCAUUUAACCAAGACUUAGAACUGGGAAGAAAAAGUAAAUCAAACUCAAAUUUUAUGGGGUUGUUCAAUAUAAUAUUGGAUGGUUUAUUUAUAGACCAUUAGAUUUAGUAUUAAUUGAAGGUAAAGAAUAUAUUAAAUUGGCUCUAUAUGAUCCAGAAACAGAAAAAUGCCAAUUUAAAAUAAGAUUAGUAGAAUGGGUAUAGGUUUUAAGUCCAAAGAAAGGAUACAUGGUAAUUAAAGAUCAUAAUAAAAAUACUAAAUAAAAGAGGUUGA